AUGGUAAAACUUCUUGUUUUUGCCAUUUUACUGGCAUCAUCGCCAGCGACUGGUCUAGUCGAACAAUUGUUUCGAACUGAAAACAGUUGUUAUUCAGGUUGUCAUUCGAAUUAUGCAGCUAGUACAAAUCAUUUGGAUGCUUGUAGAAAAGGUUGUGACUUCAAGUUACACAAUGAAGAUUGUGCAAGUCAAUGUAAAGCAUUUUCAAAAGAUGAAGAAAUACAAGCUUGCUGUCAGGUUGGUUGUACUUUAAGUCAUCCAGCGAUUGAAAAAAAGCCUACCAUUGUUGUCGAUCCAGUUCCACAGGCUAAUGUAGAACUAGAACGCCCACAUUCAAUUAUUCUUAUACGUCUUCGUCAACGUCCAUCAAUGGAAUUACCAUCAAUGCCAAUGCCAUCUAUGCAUCAGUUCUUUAACAAUGAUCCAAUUCAGAUGUUUAAUGAUAUAAUUAAACAAUUUCAAGAUAGAGCAAAUAAUUUCGAACAAGCUAUUCGUAAAUCAUUUGAAGAAAAUUCAAAAGAACUUCCAAAACUUCCUGGUUUUGAAUCAAUAUCAGAAUUACCAAAAAAUAUUCCAAUUAUUCGUAUACCAAUAAAUACUAAUCCUGAUUCAUCAAGUGAAGAUAAUGAUAAAGCACCAUUAAUUAAUGAAUUUCGAAACUUUGUAAAAUAUCCACAUGAACAUCAUCAACAUAUGGGACCAAUGCCGAAUCGUUUUCAACAAUUCAUGACUGAUGUUCGUUCUGAAUGGAAUGAUCUUGUUCGUAAACAACCAAAGAUUCCAAUAUGGAUCUUUCUUGCCAUUUUUCUUUCAUCAUCAGCUAUUCUUUGGUAUAUGGUUAUGUCACUUUGUCAUCAUACACCAACUCGUAGUGCUUUAUCAAUUCGUGCUCAAGAACUUGUUUUUCAUCCAUAUGAUUAUGAAGCAUAUGAAAAAGAAAAAAUUCAACCUGAUGACCAACCUUAUGAUGUUACAGAAUCAUUACCAAUUAAAGUUAAAUUAUCCAACAUUUAA